GUAGGUGUUAUGCAAGAAUCUCCGCACACUGACAAACCUGAAAGACACUGAAAGAGUAAUGAUCAGAAAAUUUUAAGUCUGAAGUUUAGCAUCACUGCCCUGAACAACAGAGCCUGGUCCACAUAAACUACUUACACAGACAAAGGCACUUUUCACAACAAUCAAUUUUUUGCUUUUAUUUCAACUGGACAAUUGUGAUCAGAAACGCUCCUGUGACAGAAUUCAAGAAAAUCUGAUAUAAAUGAGUAACAACUCAGCAUGUAUUCAACCAUCCAUGAUCUCUUCCAUGGCUUUACCAACCAUUUAUAUCUUCCUUUGUAUCAUUGGUCUCUUCGGAAAUUCCCUCUCUCAAUGGGUAUUUUUAACAAAAAUAGGCAAGAAAACAUCAACUCACAUCUACCUAGCACAUCUGGUGACUGCAAACUUACUUGUGUGCAGUGCUAUGCCUUUCAUGGGUAUCUAUUUCCUGAAAGGUUUUCAAUGGGACUAUCAAUCAACACAAUGCAGAGUGGUCAAUUUUUUGGGAACUCUAUCCAUGCAUGUAAGUAUGUUUGUCAGUCUCUUAAUUUUAAGCUGGAUUGCCAUAAGCCGUUAUGCUACCUUAAUGAAGAAGGAUUCCAUACAAGAGACCACUUCGUGCUAUGAGAAAAUAUUUUAUGGCCAUGUACUGAAAAAAUUCCGCCAGCCCAACUUUGCUAAAAAACUGUGUGUUUACAUAUGGGGAGUUGUAUUAGGCAUAAUUAUUCCAGUUACCAUAUACUACUCAGCUGUAGAGGCUACAGAAGGAGAAGAGGUCCUGUGCUAUAACCGGAAGAUAGAACUAGGAGCCGUGAUUUCUCAGAUUGCCGGCCUCAUUGGAACCACAUUUAUUGGAUUUUCAUUUUUAGUCGUCCUAACAUCAUACUACUCUUUUGUGAGCCAUCUGAGGAAAAUAAGGACCUGUACAUCCAUAAUAGAGAAAGAUUUGACUUACAGUUCUGUGAGAAGGCAUCUUUUGGUCAUCCAGAGUCUACUAAUAGUUUGUUUCCUCCCAUAUUGCAUUUUUAAGCCCAUUUUUUAUGUUCUACACCAAAGAGAUAACUGUAAACAACUGAAUUAUUUAAUAGAAAUAAAAAACAUCCUCACCUGUCUUGCAUCAGCCAGAAGUAGCACAGACCCCAUUAUAUUUCUUUUUUUAGAUAAAACGUUCCAGAAGACACUAUAUAAUCUCUUUACAAAAUCUGAGUCAACACAUAUACAACCCUCUGGUUGACUUCUGAAUGGAAAACACCACCAAAUAAAAAAUGGUUCAUAGGACUCUAUGAGGGACACUAAACUACAUGAUCAAUAGGUCAUACCUUGGUUGAUAACAGGCACUCAGAAAACUUCUUUGGUUUAAAAAAAUAA